AGAAGCCUUCGACGCCCUCCUCAAUGCAGCAUUACAAGCAGAAAUGGUGCUUGGAACAAUUGCCAGAGGAAAUAAGAACCAGGACUCUGCUGAUGAUUAUUUGGAAGACAGGGUUAGUUUCAGUGAGGAUAAGAUUAUGGAUGCUGAAAGCAAAGCAGUUAUGAUGGCUUGGGAAAAGCCUUUGAUGGAAGCUCAUGCAAAGGCAGUUUGCUCAAAUGGCGGUCACAUUUUGAACAUUGGGUUUGGCAUGGGGCUUGUGGAUACUGCAAUCCAGCAAUAUGCACCUUCUUCACAUACUAUCAUUGAAGCUCACCCUGAGGUUUAUGAUCGCAUGAUACACCAAGGGUGGGGCAAGAAGGAAAAUGUGAAGAUCAUUUUUGGUCGUUGGCAGGAUGUUGUUUCAAAACUUGAAUCUUACGAUGGUAUAUUCUUUGACACUUAUGGAGAGUAUUAUGAAGAUAUGAGGGAGUUUCACCAAUAUCUUCAUAAAUUAUUAAAACCCGGUGGCAUCUACUCAUUUUUCAAUGGACUCUGUGGAGGUAAUCCUUUCUUCCACGUUGUUUACUGCCAGUUAGUUUCUCUGGAACUUGUCAGCAUGGGUUAUUCUACUCAGUUCAUACCACUACCAGUGAAAGAUUGUUUAGGUGAAGAAAUCUGGGAAGGAGUUAAACACAAAUAUUGGCAGUUGGAUACAUAUAAUCUCCCUGUUUGUCAUUCUAUCGAUGAAUCCGAUUGAAUUUGUUUAUAGGGCAUUUUCUGAACCCCACACAUGCCGGGAGUAUUCAAUUCCAAGUUGCUCUUGCUCAAUGUUCUUUCAAUACUGUAAUACUAAGGUUCAAGCAAAAAUCACUCAUUUGUAAACGUUGAAGCAGGAGACAGUGAGACACGUGUCUUAUGAUUGUCAUUAUCAAAUUUAUAUUAUCAAGAUGCAUUAUUAAUAGAUGUCAUUCUUUUUAUAGAAGAAUUUUCCAAAAAGAUCUCUUCUAUUAUCAGAUUUUUCCUACAUGUGCACAACUCUGCUGCAAUAUUGCAUCACCUAAACAUUAGUUGUUGAAGCUUUAGUUUAAGUAUUUGUAGAAAUUGCUAUAUUCUUGUUUUAGGUAUUCCUUAUGAAGAGCACACUCUCCAUGUGAAAUCACAUCAUAAGCUACAAGCUCUUAGAUACAAAGCUUAAGUAAAAACAAUAAAUUGUAAGAACUUUUUAGCAUCUAGCAUACAAUCAACACAGACACUUUUGUACAGAAGCUUCUUGACGAUACAAGUAAAGUCUGGUUGCACGAGAACUAAACAGUGACCUAUUGCAUAUUACCCACCCUAACUCAGAAAAGGAGUCUUGUAUAUAAUACUGAAUUUCAGUUUUACAAUCAAGACUCUUUUCCUGUGUGGUAGUAUUAUGAUAUUAUCAAUUGGGCUAUGGACAUUAUGUUUUCCAUCUAACCAUUAUCAAGACUCUUCCAUGACAAUAUAGGUUCAGUAGAAUCAUCAUGUGCAGCUAAAAGCAAUUGGGCUAUGGACAUUAUGUUUUCCAUCUAACCAUUCAAGAUGAGCAAAGCCAGUUGUGCCUGAUGGCAUUGAACUGGCUAUAAAUGUCACGGUGUAGUUCUUCUUCUCGUUCAGUCUACUAAAACUCAAAGUUUGUGGUUCAACUAAUAUCUUUACAGACUUCGUCAGAACAGAGACUGAGGCCUUGUAAGUAGCUGGUUUGCCCACAUUUGUGAGUGUCCUAGUGUACUUGACCACUGCAUUUUUAGCACCACCUUUACCCCAAGCCGUUUCGAGAGGAACGGCAAAAGACGGAUAAUUAAGAUCAGUUACUCUGUGCUCUUUAUUUGCACCACAUGACACGUCUUUCUUUGUGACGGUCUUGAUCAUACUUGUGGUAUAUCCUAUGGCACAAAGGAAGUUUGUAUAAUCGUCAACCGUUAUAUCGUAAAUGAGACCCGGAUCAAGUGCGGAUACCGGGUUUACAUGCCCAGCACCAUGAUCAAAUGGUGUUGAUUCCAUACCGGUUGCCGCAUCCUCAAUGGAUUUCCCAUUCUGGUAUGUUCUAUAAGCCGUAGUCAAAAGUGCUGAUCUUAUAGCUGCUGGGGUCCAUUCUGGAUGAGCCGCUUUGAGUAGUGCAGCCAGUCCGCUGACAUGCGGGCAUGACAUGGAAGUUCCAGAAACGAUAUUGAAGUUGACACGCCUUUUGUCUUGAGGUAACCCUGUCGGUCCGACUCUGCCGGUCCAACUAGCGAGGAUGUUAACCCCUGGUGCUAUGAAAUCCGGUUUGAGUAUUUCAGGUGUGAUUGUGUUUGGCCCUCUUGAACUGAAUGCUGCCACAACCGGUGAUGGCUGGACUUCCAAUUUUGUUUCUCCAAACCCUAUUGUGGCUGUCGGGUUACGAGUGGAAGAUAUGUAGCUCUUUAUCGCGUCACCCGCAGUCUCACCCACAGCUGCUGUAGGGAUGACAUGUGCAUCUGCGAUCCGAUCAUCUUCUGUAAGGUCAGUGUUUGCUAGAAUCAUGCCUAUACCACCUGCAUCUUUUACAACUAAACCCUUUUCUGCUCUUCUAUUCUCACCUCUGUCACACACCACAAUCUUCCCAGCUACCUUUGCGCGAAUUAGACUGCUCGUUGUGCAUAGUCCUCCUCCAUCAGAUGAUAUACCAUCGCCGCCAGCAUAUACUAGAGGUAUUUGGGAAGCGGGUAACGGGCUCCCUCCGUAAAGCGAUACGCCUUUAAAUUUCUUCCCGUUCCCAAGGCUGAUAUAGGUUGGGAAGUCACGAUCGAUCGUACCCGCACCCACAGUUGUUAUCCAUGGUGCCGUAUUGGAUAGGCUGUUUGAGUAUGGCCCGCCAUUUCCCGCCGAGCAGGAGACAAAGAUUCCCCUGCUCGUUGCUGCAAAUGCUCCGACUGCUAUAGGGUCAUUAUAGUAUUCUGUAAGUGAAGCACCCAAUGACAUCGAUAGUACGUUCACCCCAUCUUCAAUUGCUUUAUCAAUUGCGGCUAAUAUGUCACUGCUCAAGCACCCUCCCACCCAACAUGAUUUGUAUACUGCAACCCUUGCUUUUGAGGCCAUCCCACGUGCCACGCCUGAUCCAAAACCGAAGAAGCUCGCUCCGGUGACCGUUGAUCCGGCCGCUGUGGACACUGUGUGCGUGCCAUGACCGUCAUCAUCCCUGGGUGACUUGGAUUCGAUGGUCUCGUCAAUUGGUCCGUUCGCAGCUUCGUACCCACUUGAGAAAAACCUGGCGCCUAUGAGUUUCCGGUUACAGUUUGAUGGCUUGAAGUUUGUGCCCACCUCGCACUCCCCUUUCCAGCUUCUGGGAAUCGGACCAAACCCAGUGUCAUCAAAACUCUUUGAUUCCGGCCAAACACCGGUGUCUAUAACACCAACUACAACAUCACUCUGUACGCUGUUGUUACUAUUAAGAGAAAUGAAUUGUUUGCUUUCGAUGUGGCCAUCAAGCCCGAGAAAUAAGGGUGACCGUGUUGUGUGAAGCUCAUAUUUGACCUCUUCGUGGACCGAGAUGACCCCUGUCUGCUGCUCAAGCGUUCUUGCUUCCUCGGCAGUUAGCCGUGCAGCGAAGCCAUGAAUGGUAUUGCUAUAGGAGUAUAGCAUCUUGCCCGUGUCUGAAACCGACUUCAAGGAGGAAUCAUACCAGUGGUGAUGAUCAUCAAAGCCAGAGGGCAUGUUGGAUCUGUCCAUGUGAAUGAUGUAUGUCUUCUGCUGGAUUUUCACAUCUACUCCUUCCACAUGUCUACGAAGGAAUAACAUCAGGAGUGUUAAUGCCGGAAGAAGCAGAAACUUCAUUUUUUGGAUAUUCAUCUUCUUAUCUGUGGGCUGGAAAAGAAACCAGAAGGAAACAGUUUUGGGAUUUGAAUGGGAGAAUAUGGACCCAAUAAAAGAGGAGGAAGUGGCAACUGCUGUGAGAUUGUAUUUUUUUUUAUUUU